UUCUAGAGCUGCAAAAAUAGCUACCUCCCCAAAACCAUCAAGCUCACUUUGGAAAAUCAGACGAGCCUUGAUUUCAGUUUCCCUGAAGAUAAAAGAGAGAGAGAGAGAGAGAGAGAGAGAGAUGGGAAGAGCACCUUGCUGUGACAAGGCAAACGUGAAGAAAGGGCCAUGGUCACCUGAAGAAGACUCGAAGCUGAGAGACUACAUAGAGAAAUUUGGGACUGGAGGGAAUUGGAUUGCUCUCCCACAGAAAGCUGGUCUAAGGAGGUGUGGGAAGAGCUGCAGAUUAAGAUGGCUCAACUAUCUGAGACCCAACAUUAAACACGGAGAAUUUUCUGAUGCAGAAGAUAGAAUCAUCUGUAGCCUCUUCGCAAACAUUGGCAGCAGGUGGUCAAUAAUAGCUGCACAGUUGCCAGGCCGGACAGACAAUGAUAUCAAGAACUAUUGGAACACCAAACUUAAGAAGAAACUCAUGGGCAUGGUUAAUCCUUUAAACCCUAGAAAGCCUCCACACCCCUUGUACCCAUCAUCUCUGCAGCUUCACACUUCCUCAUCAUCUCCAUCACCUUCCCCUCAUGUCCUAUCAUCAUCAUCAUCUUCUUCUUCUUCGUCAACGUCUUCUUCAUCAUUAUACCAAAACAGUACUACUACUUAUAAUUACACUGCCCCAACUAGGUCUUUCACUCCCACAAGUUAUUAUGAACCGGCCAAUAUUAAUAUUUCUGCAGUCCCAUCAAGUCUUCUCACCUGCAGCCUUUCUUUCAAUACUGCAACUCCCAUGACCCAUGAGGGUUUUGGGAGUCCCAUGUUAAUGCAGCGUUAUAAUUAUAAUCAAGGGAAAGAUGGUCUGAGCUUCAUGCUGGGAGGUGAAGCAAGUUGCAGCAAUUCCUCCGAUGGCAGCCAUGGCAAAGAAAUGGAGUUGCAGAGUUUCUACUCAUCGAAUGGGGUUCAUGAAGAUCAAAACCAAAAAUUCAUGCUUUCAGAUAUUGGAGGUUAUGGGGCUGUUAAUGGAUGGGCUGAGGAGAAACCAAAUGGGAUAAUGUGGGGAGAGACAGAAACUCCAUUGGACUAUGGGUUUGAGGAGAUCAAGCAGCUCAUUAGCACGAACAAUGUCUGCAGCAGCAAUAUUAACUUGUUUGAUGAAAACAAGAGAGAUGAAGAGAGAGUGGUGUACUUUUGAUUGAUGUUGACUGUGGGUAAAAUCAGAAGAUAUGAGAAGGGUAUGGGGUUGGAUUGGAUGGGCUGGCGAUUCAUAUCUAGAGAGACACGGUUUGUGGGGGACGGGGUUGGUGUUUUUGUUCAUGAAAACACUUUUUGACAGUACAUAGUUAAAAAGUUUAUCUAUCACUUUGCAUUUAUUUUUGGGAAAUGGAAAUGAUGCAUGUUUGUGUUAGUACAUACAUAGCUGCGCCUUGCCUAUAUUCAGAAAUAAAUGUUCAUGGAAACUAGCACAAA